CUGAAAGCAGUCGAGAAGUAAACUGACCUUCUCCGCGGCCUCGUCGCUCUUCCCCGAGCCAGACGAGGAGGACCUUGAAUGUUUUUCGCCAGCGGCAUUUGAUCUUUUUUCGCUUGUUUUUGUAUACAAGCACAGAGCUAUGCCUACGACGCUUGAAAUCCCCGCACUGCAGGAGCUGAAGGUGGAUGAGAUAAAAGUGUCAUCUGCAGUGCUGAAGGCUGCUGCCCACCAUUAUGGCUCCCAGUGUGACAAACCUAACAAGGAGUUCAUGCUCUGCCGCUGGGAGGAGAAAGAUCCCAGGAAGUGUCUAGAAGAAGGCAGAAAAGUCAAUGAGUGUGCACUCAACUUUUUCAGGCAAAUCAAGGGGAACUGUGCCGAGUCCUUCACAGAGUACUGGACCUGUCUGGAUUAUUCCAACUUGGCAGAGCUGCGUCGCUGUCGUAAACAGCAGCAAGCCUUCGACAGCUGCGUCCUUGAUAAACUGGGCUGGGAGAGACCUGAACUGGGAGAUUUAUCUAAGGUGACCAAAGUGUCGACCGUGCGGCCCCUCCCAGAGAAUCCCUACCAUUCUAGCCCUCGUCCUGAGCCCAACCUAGUCGUCGAGGGUAAACUGGAACCUGCCAAACAUGGCAGCAGACUAUUCUUCUGGAAUUGGUGACACAGCUCCUAAACAACAACAUUAACAAAAUAAAAUAAAUCAGUCACCCUCCAAAAACCAUGGUCUCUGUCCAAAGUCUGUCCAAAGAUUAUUUGGGAGCAUUGAUACAUCAGUGAUACUUUCAGGUGAUCUUUUAGCUGCAAACAAAAGCAAAGAGGAUGUUGGUUAUUGCACUGUUAUCUGUGGAUUUGGUUGGAUUUGGACAGAGCCCAUGUCUGAACAGUUUUUUUUCCAACAGCUGUACCUCCAACUUUGUGAAACAGUUUGAUAAAGGAAAGAAGGAUGGAUGAUUGUGACCAUAUAGGCCACAAAUCCAUUCAGCUUUCCUGACUAUUUCUGUAAAUGUAAUAAGUGAACAAAAGCAGCAUGCUGUUAUUGUUGUCAGAUAAUAAAGAUCUAAAUUAUAA